AGUUGUAAUCGCCCUGGCAGAAGUUGGAGCUCUGAGGAGAGGAGGAGCUGUAGUGGAGGGCCCUUCUGUCUGCCAGAAAAUCCAGCCGAGUCAGGAAGAACUCUCCCAACCUUGGUCUUCUCCGGCCGCCAUUCUCCCUGGUGGCUGAACCCAACAGGGCAGGGAGCCCCAAAGUGCAGUGCUCAGGCCCCAGGACAGGAGGAGGCCCUGGGCCAGCAAAAAACAAGCACCUGGACCUUAUGUUUACCGCCAUCUUCUAGUAUGAGAUUUUGGAGGAAUUUUCAGUACUGUAUUAGGUGUGGGGUAUAGUGAACAAAACAGAAAAACUCCACCACGCCCACCCCUCGCAUUUGUGGAGCUGGCAUUCUAGGGAAAGACAAUGCUUCAAGUAAUCUGGAGUUCUCAAAAUGUUUGCCAAAGCAACACGAAAUUUUCUUAAGGAAGUUGAUGCUGGAGGUAACCUGAUCGCAGUAUCAAACUUGAAUGACUCAGAUAAAUUACAACUUCUAAGUCUGGUGACCAAAAAAAAGAGAUACUGGUGCUGGCAGAGACCCAAGUACCAGUUUUUAUCUGUCACUCUUGGAGAUGUACUCACAGAAGACCAGUUUCUGAGUCCAGUGGUCGUGGAGUCGGACUUUGUGAAGUACGAGGGCAAGUUUGAAAACCAUGUGAGUGGGACCCUGGAGACAGCCCUGGGGAAGGUCAAGCUGAAUGUUGGCGGCAAAGGCCUCGUGGAGAGUCAGUCCUCCUUUGGAACCCUGAGGAAGCAGGAGGUGGACUUGCAGCAGCUCAUCGGAGAUGCCCAGGAGAGAACAAUCAACCUGAAGAACCCGGUACUGCAGCAGGUGCUGGAGAGAAAGAACGCGGUCCUGUGUGUCCUGACGCAGAAGAUCGUGACGACACAGAAGUGCGUGAUAUCCGAGCACGUCCAGAUCGAGGAGAAGUGUGGUGGCAUGGUGGGGAUCCAGACCAAGACUGUGCAGGUGUCAGCAAUGGAGGAUGGGAACAUCAUCAAGGACAGCAACGUGGUGCUGGAGAUCCCAGCUCCCACCACCAUUGCCUACGGUGUCAUCGAGCUGUACGUGAGGGCAGACGGCCAGUUCGAAUUCUGCCUCCUACAAGGGAAGCAUGGUGGCUUUGAACAGGAAAGGAGAAGCAACUCUGUAUUGCUGGACCCCCUGCCCUUCCGAGAGUUUGUGUUCUGGGACAUGCCGGAUGCCGGACAAGGGCUGCCUGCCCAGGAUAAGCCACUGAGUGUUUUAAAACAAGCCACUCUGCUCUUAGAGAGGAAUUUCCAUCCCUUCAUGGAGUUGCCCAAGCAGCAACAGACAGCCCUGAAUGACGUCCUCCAAGUGGUCCUGUUGGAUGAAGAAUUACUGGUGGUCCUGGAACAAGUGUGUGAUGACAUCGUCAGCAGCCUGUCACCCUCACUGGUGGCUCUGGGGGAGCUGAAGCCAUCACAGAAGCACAACCUCACGACCUUCCUGCGGCUGGCGGGGUGCAGUGUGCAGGGCGAGCGUCUGGGCUCAGAGGAUGUGGUCAACAACCAGAAACUCUUCUCUACAGCCUACUUCUUGGUCAGUGCGCUAGCAGAAAUGCCAGACAAUGCAGCAGCUUUGCUGGGCACUUGCUGUAAACUCCAGAUUAUCCCUCUGCUGUACCACCUGCUCCGUGCUCUGUCUCAUGAUGGUGUGUCUGAUCUUGAAGACCCAGCUUUGGCUCCUCUGAAAGACAGAGAAAAGUUUGGGAUCGUGCAGCGUCUGUUUGCCGCAACUGACAUUAACCUGGAGAGAAUGCAAUCAUCCGUGAAAGCUGCCAGCAGGGAGGAUCCUAACGUCUUACCACUGAUACUUUACAUCAGCCUGAGUGGACUCUGUGCUUUGGGCAGAGCACAGUAACAGUGUCACGUGAGGAUUACAGGUACAGGCACACCUCAUUUUAUUGUACUUCAUAAAGUGAAGUCGCUCAGUCGUGUCCGACUCUUCGCGACCACACGGACUGUAGCCUAUCAGGCUCUUCCGUCCAUGGGAUUUUCCAGGAAAGAAUACUGGAGUGGGUUGCCAUUUCCUUCUCCAAUUGUACUUCAUAGACAAUGCAUUUUUUUUUUUUUUUUUAACAAAUUGAAGGUCUGUGACAACCCUGUGUUGAGCAAGUCUAUCAGCACCCUUUUCCCAACAGCAUUUGAUCACUUGUGUCUGUCACAUUGUGGUAACUCUCCCAAUAUUUCAGACUUUUUCAUUAUAUGUAUCAUGGUGAUCUUUGAUGUUACUAUUGUAAAAAGAUUACAGCUCGACUUGCUGAAGGCUCUGAUGAUGUUAACAUUUUUUAGCAAUAAAGUAUUUUUAAGGUAUAUACAUAGUUUAGGCAUAAUGCUAUUUUACACCUUAAAAGACUAUAAGAUAGUAUAAAAAUAAGUUUUAUAUGCACUGAGAAACCAAACAAAUUUGUGGUGGUCUGGAACCAAAUCUGCAGUAUCUGAGAUCUGCCUCUGCGUGUUAUCAGCUAAGGCUGGCUACUUUUCAGCAUCACCAAAUACUGCCUUUGGGGCUUAGGUCACCAUGGUAAACGAUCAAGCAGAUGAAUUUAUCUAAUAGUUUAAGAAGUGGUGGCUUUUUGCAUUACAAAUCACCUUGAAUUCAGCUACCAGUUACUCUGUACAGGGUUUUUUCGUGGGAGGCCCUCCUGUGCUGCUAACCCAGUGUCCGAAUUAUAGACCCCAGCACCCCCGCUGGAGGAGGGUGGAGAAUUCCAAGCCAGAGUAUUCAGACCUUUGCAGGAAAAAAAAUAGGUCCAUCUAUCACUUUAUUUUCCCCACUUUCUGUUAAACAAAAAAUAGAUGAGGCUGACACUUUGAUCCAAAAAUUCAUUUUAAAUUAUGGAUGCUGUGGGGAGGCAAUUUCUCUUCAUAGAAGGCUACAUUUUGAAUGUGCUAUAUGCUAUGCAGUGACUGAAAAAUGAACUGUAAAUACCACUAGAGAACAUAGUCGUCUGCUAAACAAAAUUAUGCUAAAAAAUAACCUAACUGCAGGACACACUUCUCCUUAGGGCCUAGUAUAUAUAUGCAUUUUAUUUAUUUGACUUUGCCGUGCUUUGAUCAAUGUACCAAUCCUAUGUCUAGAGCAGUGUGCUGAUUUUGCAUGCAUGUUGGAUGUUUAAUUUGUAAAAUGCUACAUAUUGUAUCGAAGGAACUUUGAACUGUGUGUAUUUUUCUUGUUUGUUCUAUUUUCAUAUUCUUCUGCUAUAAAUAGCCUGAACUGUCUUCUGAGUGCUCCUAAUGCCAAUGCUAAUAUCCACUGGGGACCUGAAGCCACUUCUGCUUUCCCUCGGCAAAAAGUCACUGCUAGAAUUCGACUUACUUGAGGGGCAGGAGGCAGUGGGGAUGAGGGCUAGCAGCUGGAACAUGCUAUGUUACUCAGCACCUGUUUUUCUCUCAACAUCGCCUACAUUCCCUUCCUGUGCUUCAGAUUUUAAUGAACGUUAAUAAGCAAGAAAUGAAGAAAAUAACCCUUUCAUCACCUCUAUUAAAAAUCAGACUAAAUCAUGUGCUAUUAUGCAAAUAUUUAAGAUAUGUAAGAAAGAAAGAGUUGCAACUGUGGUGGCAACAACAUAAAAAAGCAGCACCUUAUACACAAACUGGAAAGGAACACGCAAAAUCGUUGUGCUGAGAUGGUGGCACUAUAUCUACCUGUUUUUUCCUGCUUUUCUGAAAUAAAAUGAGUAUAAAGAACA